CCAAGGAAGAAGAAAGAAAGAGUGAGUGCUAAUUUUGUCGAAAUUGCUAGAAACAUCCAGGUGAAAACCUCCGUUCAUUGGAGAGAGAGAGAGAGAGAGAGGAGAGAAGGAACCUAGGCGGUGUAGAUGCCAGAUGCAACCAUGGCCAGUACGGACGCUGAUAUGAUGGAGUCCGAUAUGGUGCCGCAGACGCCGCAAGAGCUGACGUCAAAUUCCGACCAAGGAGGCGGCGGCGACGACGCCGUGAGAGGUUUGCUCACAAUGGCUCGACAGCUGAUCGACCAGGGAAAGCCUUCUCAGUCCCUCCAGGCGGUGGUGAUGGCAAUGAAAACCAAAGGUGGAGAUCAGGCUGUAUUUCAAACCCUCAACCGUGCACGCGAGCUAUACAGAAACAAAUUGCGAUCAAGUGCUGCCGCCGAUGAAUUGGCUUCUUUAUUUGCAGAGUGUGCAAUCGCAGAAGCUGUACCUUUGAAAUCCAUGGAAUCUGAACAGGAUAUGGUGGGGCCAUCCAUUGAAUCGGACGCUCAUGGAAAUUCUAUCCUGGCAGAGACUGGUAGGAAGCAAAUUGUGCUGGAUGCCUUCUCAGAUGGAAGUAGCUUUGUAUGCUUACAAUGUGGGGGUUUAGUUAGCAAUCACCGGAAAGAUGAACACUCUGCAUACUGGUGUGGCAAAAUAUGACAAUGGCCACAAUCGAACAGGAUACUAGCUCUCGUUUGAUGCACAUAUUCCUCCAGUACCAAUUAUGCGCUGUUCAUUUCAUCAUGCAUGUAUUGUAUUUAACUGCCUUUAUAGGUUUUGAUACGAGCCUUUGAAAUGAGUUGCGUCUGGUAGUAUUUUUGAGCAAAAUUUUGAAUGCUAGGUUUGUUGGAGUGAUUUGCAAAAUGAGGCCUGUUGUAUAUCUGACAAUGACACGUCCGUGUACUGGUGGAAAAUAUAGGGAAUGAAUUCUUAAGCUGC